AAUACGUCACUUUGAGCCUAAGAUGCUGUUCGACUUGGGCGAAGACGAACUGCAGACGCUACUGGAGAUGUUCAAGUACCUCUUGCUCGGUACCAACAUUUUCCUGUUCUUCGCUGCGGUGCUGGUGUUUUUCACCUCGUCAGCCAAUGAGAACUCGACGUCCUCUCCGCAGUUCAAGCGGGCGCUGAUCGUCACUGCGCAUCCGGACGAUGAGAGCAUGUUUUUCCUGCCUCUGGUGCACUCGCUACAGCAGCAAACAGAAUACAGCAAAGAUGUCUGGAAGAUACACUUAUUGUGUCUCUCUCGGGGCAAUUUCGACGGUCUGGGAGACGUUAGAGUGAAGGAAUUAAACGCGUGUGCCACUUACAUCGGACUGUCGACCGAUCAUGUCAAAGUGCUGGAAGAUCCCAAGCUCCAAGACGGCAUGAAGAACCAGUGGGAUGUAGCGCACAUUGCUACUAUUGUGACUGAGUAUAUCGAGAAGAAUGAGAUCGAUGCGGUCUUUACGUUCGAUGACUAUGGCGUAUCGGGUCAUGCCAACCACAUUGCGACGUAUUAUGGAGUGAAGAAGGCUAUUCGUGAACAACAAGAGAAAUGCAGUGCAGCAGAUGACAGCAAAGAGUCCAAGAGCGUCCGUGGCUGGGCUCUUGAGAGCACCAACCUCAUACGUAAAUACGUGGGGCUGUUGGAUACUGCAAUGUCCUUCUGGAUGUCACGGAAGGGUGACGAGCAGGAGGCAAGACAAUUUGUUUUUAUCUUCCGACCGCGAUGGAACUACAACGCGAUGGCAUUGCAUCAGAGUCAGUUUGUGUGGUAUCGCCGACUUUUUGUGAUCUUCUCACGAUACACUUUCAUCAACACCUUCCGCCCGAUACUGUCGAUUGGUAGUGCGAAUCUACCAGCAGAGCAGAAGAAGUCGCAGUAGGCAGUUGAAUUGCAUACUGGCAAACUCAUACUACGUAUAAUACAAGUUUGUCGCUUAGUUAGAACUCGUUCCCCGCGAAGUUCUUGCUGAUG